AAAUCCCCAAACCACCCCCAACCUUCCAAAACUCCCAAACUCCUCCAUUCCUCGUCGCACUCCCCCCUCCCUUCUCCUCCGCCCCCGACUCGCUGCUUCCACCUCCACCCGCUGCUCUCCUCUCCGCCGCCGCCGCCGCCGCCGCCGCCGCGGAGGCCGUACGCCACCGCUCUCACCGACGCCGACGACCUGCAGGCGCCCCUCUCCAUGACUAUGAUGACGCCUCCCCCGCUCGAGCCGGAGGAGGACGAGAUGCUCGUGCCUCACCAGGAGCUCGUCGCUGCUGACGCCGCCCAGCCCAUGGAAGUGGUUGCGCAAACGGAGGCAGCUAGCACGGCGGAGAGCCAGCCAGCUGAGGACCCGCAGACGUCGCGGUUCACGUGGACGAUCGAGAACUUCACCCGGAUCAAUGCGAAGAAGCACUACUCGGAUGCGUUUGUCGUUGGCGGGUACAAAUGGCGUGUGCUCAUUUUCCCUAAGGGGAACAACGUGGACCAUUUCUCCAUGUACUUGGAUGUUGCCGACUCUGCUAACCUCCCAUAUGGUUGGAGCCGAUAUGCUCAGUUUAGCUUGGCCGUUGUCAACCAGAUCCAACAGAAGUAUACGAUACGCAAAGAUACUCAGCAUCAAUUUAAUGCACGUGAGAGUGAUUGGGGUUUCACAUCUUUUAUGCCUUUGAGUGAGCUCUAUGAUCCAAGUAGAGGAUACCUUGUCGAUGAUACUGUUGUUGUGGAGGCUGAGGUUGCUGUCCGCAAAAUGGUUGAUUAUUGGACAUAUGAUUCAAAAAAAGAAACAGGUUACGUUGGCCUGAAGAACCAAGGAGCUACCUGUUACAUGAACUCUCUACUACAGACACUAUACCAUAUACCAUACUUCAGGAAGGCUGUGUAUCAUAUGCCAACCACCGAAAAUGAUAUGCCAUCUGGGAGUAUUCCGUUGGCAUUGCAGAGCCUUUUCUACAAGCUCCAGUAUAGUGACAAUAGUGUAGCCACCAAAGAGCUGACCAAAUCUUUUGGAUGGGACACAUAUGAUUCCUUCAUGCAACAUGAUGUACAAGAGCUCAACAGAGUUCUCUGUGAGAAACUUGAAGAUAAGAUGAAGAGAACUGUCGUAGAGGGAACGAUUGAAAAGUUAUUCGAAGGUCACCACAUCAAUUAUAUAGAGUGUAUAAAUGUUGACUAUAAAUCCAACAGGAAGGAGUCCUUUUAUGACCUUCAACUUGAUGUUAAAGGUUGUCGUGAUGUGUAUGCAUCGUUUGAUAAAUAUGUUGAAGUUGAGCGCCUCGAAGGUGAUAAUAAGUAUCAUGCAGAGAAUCAUGGUUUACAGGAUGCGAAAAAGGGUGUUCUGUUCCUUGAUUUCCCCCCAGUUUUGCAACUUCAACUGAAGCGUUUUGAGUACGACUAUAUGAGAGAUACCAUGGUUAAGAUUAAUGACCGCUAUGAAUUCCCUUUGCAACUUGAUUUGGAUAGAGAUGAUGGAAAAUAUCUUGCUCCAGAUGCAGAUAGAAGUAUAAGAAACCUUUAUGCUCUUCACAGUGUUCUUGUUCAUAGUGGAGGAGUACAUGGCGGUCACUACUAUGCCUUCAUUCGACCAACGCUAUCAGAUCAAUGGUAUAAAUUUGAUGAUGAGCGUGUAACUAAAGAAGAUACUAAGAAGGCCCUUGAAGAGCAAUACGGGGGUGAGGAAGAGUUGCCUCAAAUAAAUCCUGGUUUCAACAACGCUCCAUUUAAAUUCACAAAGUAUUCAAAUGCCUACAUGCUUGUCUACAUCCGUGAGAGUGAUAAGGACAAAAUAAUGUGUAAUGUUGAUGAGAAGGACAUUGCUGAGCAUUUAAGGGUAAGGUUGAAGAAAGAACAAGAAGAGAAAGAACACAAAAAGAAAGAGAAGGCUGAAGCUCAUCUUUAUACCAUCAUAAAGGUGGCUCGAGAUGAGAAUUUGAAGGAGCAAAUUGGCAAGGAUAUAUAUUUUGACCUGGUGGACCAUGAAAAAGUUCGUAGCUUCCGAAUUCAGAAGCAGUUACUGUUUACCACUUUCAAGGAGGAAGUUGCAAAGGAGUAUGGCAUCCCUGUACAAUUUCAGCGCUUCUGGUUGUGGGCUAAGAGGCAGAACCACACAUACAGGCCUAAUCGUCCAUUGAGUCCUCAUGAAGAAACACAAUCUGUGGGACAACUGAGGGAGGUAUCGAAUAAGGCACACAAUGCUGAGCUGAAGUUGUUUUUGGAAGUAGAACUUGGCCCGGAUUUGCGGCCUCUCCCUCCACCUGAGAAGAGCAAGGAAGAUAUUCUUCUGUUCUUCAAACUCUAUAAUCCCGAAAAGGAAGAACUCUGUUUUGUGGGGAGGCUCUUCGUAAAGGCCUUGGGAAAACCCUCAGAAAUCUUGACCAAACUAAAUGAAAUGGCUGGAUUUGUGCCAAAUGAAGAAAUUGAGCUCUACGAGGAAAUUAAAUUUGAGCCAAAUGUGAUGUGUGAACAUAUUGACAAAAAAGCCACUUUCCGUGCUAGUCAGCUUGAAGAUGGGGACAUCAUCUGUUUCCAAAAAUCACCUAUACCUGAUAGUGACACUCAAAUGCGUUAUCCAGAUGUCCCUUCGUAUCUGGAGUAUGUUCAUAAUAGGCAGGUUGUGCACUUUCGGUUAUUGGAGAAACCAAAGGAUGAUGACUUUUCUUUGGAAUUGUCAAAACUUCAUACCUAUGAUGAUGUUGUUGAGAGAGUUGCCCGUCAGCUUGGUGUGGAUGAUCCAGCGAAAAUUCGUCUAACAUCCCAUAACUGCUAUUCGCAGCAGCCUAAACCGCAACCUAUCAGAUAUCGGGGAGUGGAGCAUCUUUUGGACAUGCUCAUUCAUUAUAAUCAGACAUCAGACAUAUUGUAUUAUGAGGUGUUGGAUAUUCCACUGCCAGAAUUGCAGGGCCUGAAAACCCUGAAAGUUGCAUUCCACCAUGCUACAAAGGAUGAGGUUGUGAUUCACAGUAUCAGGCUUCCAAAGAAUAGCACCAUUGCAGACGUGAUUAAUGAUUUGAAAACAAAGGUUGAACUAUCCAGUCCCAGUGCUGAAUUGCGCUUGUUAGAGGUCUUUUACCACAAGAUAUAUAAGAUUUUUCCACUCCAUGAGAAGAUAGAGAAUAUUAAUGAUCAGUACUGGACACUACGUGCUGAGGAGAUUCCAGAGGAGGAGAAAAAUCUCGGUCCAAAUGAUCGGUUAAUUCAUGUUUAUCACUUCAUGAAAGACCCUCUUCAGAAUCAGCAGAUUCAGAACUUUGGAGAUCCUUUUUAUCUUGCUAUCCGUGAAGGUGAGACUUUAGCAGAAGUAAAGGAGCGCAUACAGAAAAAACUCCAAGUCCCUGAUGAGGAAUUCUGCAAGUGGAAAUUCGCUUUCAUAUCCAUGAACCGGCCAGAUUACCUCCAAGAUUCAGAUGUUGUAUCUGCCCGUUUCCAGAGGAGAGAUGUCUAUGGAGCCUGGGAGCAGUAUCUUGGUUUGGAGCAUGCUGAUACUGCACCAAAAAGGGCCUACACAGCCAAUCAGAACCGUCACACCUAUGAGAAGCCAGUGAGAAUUUACAAUUGAAAUCACUUCUGACUGUGCUGGCCCCUUGGUGGUGUCAAAUCUGAAAGCAGCAACAGAGAGAUGUAGUAUGGAGAAGUUAAACUCGAACAGGGAAAAGCAGCAACAAGUUUUGGCCAUUUGGGUGCCGUGGCCUCUAUUCCUUUCUACCGGUGCUGUUUGGAUGCAGAAGUGCACUUGAUUUCAUUGUUCAUGAUGACAAAUUUUUCAUGAUUUUCCACCAUGCUUUGGGGCAAUGGUGCGUGCUAUUGAAUUUCCUUAAGUUGGGUGUGAAUGCCCCCUUAGGGUAGAUGUUGCUUCAUUUUUAGAGCAAAGUUUCGGUACAUAAGAUUUUGGUAGGGGGGCAUAUGUAUACAGGGUAUAGUUCUGACUCAUAUCGACUUCUUGUCUUUGUGUGGAUGUAACAAUGGAAAACAUCAUACCAAUCUUGCUGUAUGGCUCAAUUUUAUCUUCCUUUCGCAGAAAAAAUUAACCAGAAUUACUGCCGCAGUUAGUGCGGCGCUGGGUUCCGUGAUAGUAAUAGCUGAUGUAAGCGUGGAUAUGAUGUAAUUCACCAGAAAUAUGAAAUAUCCCGAUUUCCUUCGAGAAACAAAUAUGAAAUAUCAUUGAAAUGUGGUACUUCUUUUU